AUGCCAGCUUUUACUCUGUAUGGCUCUCGCGGUUCGACCAACACCGAUCGUGUCCGCCUGACUCUCGCCGAAGGUGGCUUUACGGAUUACGAACUCGUGCUUCUCAACCUUCAAAAGGGGGAGCAAAAGUCCAAAGAACACGAGAAACGUCACCCGUGGGGUAAAAUACCCGCAAUAACUUCCGCCGAGGGGUUCACUCUCUACGAGAGUCGCGCAAUCUGCAAAUACCUCGCAACAAAGUACUCUUUUCCACUUCUACCCUCCGACUCCGACGUCGAAGCUGCGGCGCUGUUCGACCAGGCGCAGUGCGCAGAAAUGCUCUACUUCGCAGAGCCUGCAGGUAGAAUCGCAUUCGAGAAAUUUGCCAAAAGAUUCAUGGGGCUGCAUCCCGAUGACGCCGUUGUCUCAAAUGCACUGCGGUCGGUCGAGAUGUUUUUCGACAUUGCGGAACGUCUCUUACACCACAAAGACUACAUGGCUGGAAAUGACUUCACUCUCGUGGAUAUCUACUACAUUCCGCUGAUCCAAAGACUUUUCACAUGCGGGUAUGGAGAUAUCAUCGACAGUCGCGAAGCUGUGAGUGCUUGGUGGGACCGCUGCGUGAAUCGGCCAGCCAUACAGAGGAUGUUGGCCGCUGACAAGGAGGCUGCGGUUGCUGCGGCAUGAAUGUGAGAAGUUGUGUAGCUACUUUUGUGCUGCUACCAAGAUGGUUACACGCGGAAUCAACGCAGCUCCAGCACGUAGUCAUGGCUUUUGCAGGCAGUGAAUUGGUCUAGAGCAGACCAGACAAUGUCAGGUUUGCAAAAUAUGUUUAAGAGUAAAAGCCAUUAAAGUACAAGAACCUUUUC